UGAGGAGUGAAGAAACACAGCGCUCUGUGGACCCAAUCUUUCUGAGAAGCCAAACCAACCAGAAGAGCUGCUUUCUGAAUCCUUUCUCUCAAACUCGCUUGAUGUUGUGUAAUCGUACACACGGCAUGCCUCGUGGGGACUUCAACGUUUAUUUUGCCAGCAGCAGGCGAGGAAACGUCAGAGCUGAGGAGGCAGUGGGCAUAGCUCUGCUGGUUGUCAUCCUUGCAGCACUUCUCAUCCUGGGCUGCUGGUACUUCAAGAAAAGGAGUGGCUACAAACUUAUCAGAAGCCCCAGAUCAGGAUCAUCAGGUUAUACAGGAAGCCAGUACUCGGAGGCAGGAUCUCCAGCAGAAAACAAGAUGGCUCUUACUGAUUUUGGCAGCUUCCGAUCUGUGGUUCCUAAUGCACCUCCAGCCUAUGAGAAGAUUUCCUCUGGGCCUUUGCCACCUCCGUAUUCCCCCUGAAGCACUGUGGCU